AUGUUCGGCCUUCAGUUCACCGCUUCGAAGACCCAGGUGGCUUCUUAUUUAUUUGGUGUCGCGCUCUUCAGUAUCAGUUUCCUGGUUUUCCUGAACAGCUCGAUAUCCUUCGUCAUCACGCAACGAAUUGGACAGUCGCGCGACGUUGGCGACGCUGUGGGCACACUGGGCUUCGUUGACGAGCUGGUCGCGCUGGUAGCUUGUCCAGCAUGGGGUCUCCUCAGCGACCGCGUAGGCGUGAGAAGUGUUGCUGUGGUGGGCUAUACAAUUGUCGGAGUCGCACUAUGGAUUCUAGUACAGGCAAAGAAUGUAUAUCCAGAGCUUCUGUUGGCGCGUAUUUUGUUCAGUCUGGGAGGGAGCGCGACCGCGACCAUGGUUACUGCCGUUCUGCCCGCCAUGACUUUUGUCAAGCCAGUGGAGCGUGAUCCACGAUCCCCGACCCGACGCACAAAUGGCACAUCGCAUGCGGUCGCAGCUUCCAUCUCGUCGGAACUCACCAUCACUCCUGCGCGCUUCCGUUCGAGCUCGAGAGAGCCUACUACCGCCACACGUACCAAGAAAGACACGGGGGCUUCUACGUCACAGCUUGCUGGUCUAGUCGGCAUGUUUACAGGUUGUGGAGCCCUCGUCGCUCUGCUGCUAUUCUUGCCAUUGCCGACUCGUUUCCAGGAAGCUGGCGACAGCCCAGCGAAAGCUGUUGCUAGUGCAUUUUAUGUUGUCGGCGCAAUCGCAAUAUUGGUGGCUUUGGGCUGCUUCUUCGGUCUUCGAAGUCUGCCAGGAGAAGAGGGCAAAGGCUGGAGACGCCUUGCCGGCAAGGACGAGACCAAAGCGACGGACACUCGCUCCACUCGAGACCUCGUGUUGAUAUACCCGCGUCUAUUCUGGCAAAGCGUCCGUCUCGGCUUCACCUCGUCCAACAUCGGACUGGGCUACAUGGGAGGCUUUGUCGCACGAGCAUCAUCCGUCGCAAUAUCACUGUUCAUCCCGCUCUUCACCAACCACUACUUCUUACAGACUGGAAGGUGCAAGGUUGACCCUUCGGAUCCAUCUAAUAUCAAGAGCGCCUGCCCGGAAGCAUAUAAACUUGCAGCAAUGCUCACAGGCAUCAGUCAGUUGAUAGCGCUCAUUUGCGCUCCAUUCUUCGGCUACCUGUCCGGCCGAUUCCCAAGAUACAACAUACCGCUCCUUGUCGCAGCUAUCGCUGGUAUUGUCGGAUACGCCUGGUUCGGAUCGUUGACCAGCCCGGACUAUCGCAGUGAGGAUGGGACCGGGGCCAUAUUCUUCAUCGUCGCUCUUCUUGGCAUCAGCCAGAUCGGUGCCAUUGUCUGCUCUCUGGCCUUACUUGGACGUGGCAUCAACAACGACGAAGCGGAACAUACAGAACUGACGCACGUUACUGAUGCGACCAACUCUACCUCACAUCCUUCUGCAGGCGCGACACCGCCGUCCAGCGCCCCAAUCACACCUGUAGAUGAGAACGCACCACUGCUUCUGCCAUCAAGUCAAUCUCGCCGUGCCUCAAUUCCCGAGGCACAGUCACACAACCAUAUCAAAGGCUCCAUAGCAGGAACAUAUAGCUUGCUAGGUGGCUUUGGUAUUCUGCUUCUCACCAAAGCAGGGGGGGCCUUGUUUGAUAGCACCGGGCCAGGUUCACCUUUUUAUAUGAUGGCUGCGUUCAAUGCACUCCUUUUGGUAGUCGGGGUAGGUGUCAGUGGUUGGCAGACUGCUCGACACCUGCAUCAGGUCGAGACGAGCAGUACACGCGUGUACUUCCUCCGCCUUGCGGGGUCCCCACGGAGGAGCUGCGGCUCUUCCGAAGUCGUGAUUGGUGCUCGCUACACCUUCCCUCGGCAAACCUUCCUCAACAAGACCAAAAGGUACCAAAAGACUUCCACGAACACCAGAAUGAAAGGCGAGAACACGCCUUAUGAAGUCAAUGGUCGCGCAGAAAUGGGGUCGACCCACUUCUGGGCGGGCCGGAAUGGACGGGACAAUAUGUGGCGAGGAUUAGACGAUGGCAUAAGUAGGGCUGGCAUGAGCGGCCUCGGGCUUGCCGUGCAAAUCAUCAGAAACUUUGGAAUACGGAACUUUGAACUUGUCGAGAAGAGCGAAGACGUUGGCGGAACAUGGCUGGCGAAUACAUACCCAGGCUUUGCUUUGAACCCGGAUUGGAGUCGCAAAUACUCUAUGAGACCAGAAAUCCAGGCUUACUUCCGCUCAGUGGCCGAGCAAUAUCGCGUUGUUGAGCAUGUUCGCUUCCACUCGAUUGUUGAGAAAGCAGAGUGGAACGAUGGAGAAAAGGUGUGGAUCGUUACUGUGCUAGAUCUGAAGAGCAAGCAACAGACGGUUCGAAGAGCAAAAGUGCUGAUAUCAGGUGUUGGGUCACUUUCUGUGCCUAAGACAUGCGAUCUACCUGGUGCAGAUACCUAUAAGGGCAAGAUGUUCCACUCCGCACAGUGGGAUCACAGUUUUAAUUGGAAAGACAAAGAUGUAGUUGUCCUUGGCAAUGGAUGUUCAGCCACCCAAUUCCUGCCCAUAAUGGCCAGCCCACCGAAUCCUGUCCGCCGAAUCACGCAGUUUGCCCGACAAGCCCAAUACUUAUCUGAGCGCGAGAAUCCUGUCUACAGCCCCGCAUUCAAGGCUACUAUGCGCUACGUCCCACUUGCUAUGCGCCUGUACCGCUUCAAACAUUACUACGACAUGGAACGCGACUACGCCGGCUUUAACAUUGAGACCGGACGGCCAAUUCGCCAGUCCCUCGCCCAGGAGAACGAGGCUUAUGUGAAGAAGACGGCACCGCCGAAGUACUGGGAUGCGCUUAUUCCGAAGACCGAGAUUGGAUGCAAGCGAAAAGUUUUGGAUACUGAGUACUUGAAGAGCUUGUGGAAGGACAACGUCGAGCUUAUCAGCAACGAUCCGGCAGAGAGAAUCACGGAGACAGGGGUGGUGACGAAGAGUGGCAGGGAAAUCACGGCUGAUGCAAUUGUCUUGGCGAUUGGGUUUGCGACGCAACAGAUGCUAUGCCCCAUGGAGAUCGUAGGACGGGACGGAUUGAAGUUGAACGACUAUUGGGAUACAACAACCCAAGGCGUUGCACAAGCCUACUUCGGCACCGUAGUCCCUCACUUCCCCAACUUCUUCAUUCUCAUGGGUCCGGCCAUCUAUCUGUCAUUUACACUGUGGAAUGCCAAAUAA